AUGGAAGACAUUCGUACAGCAAUUAGACUCAUACAACGGCACUGCUAUAUGGCGACAGUGGACCUCCGUGACGCAUAUUUUGCUCUACCUAUUCAACCUUCGGAUAGAAAAUAUUUGCGUUUCUUUUUAAACGAUGUAUACUACGAGUUUACUUGUCUUCCCUUUGGCCUCAGAUCUGCUCCGGUAACUUUUACCAAGUUGAUAAAACCGAUAGCGGCUUAUCUUAGAUCACAAAAUAUUACAUGCGUUUUAUACCUUGACGAUUUCUUACUUCUUGCCAGCACCAUCGACGAAUGCCGCACGAGUGUUAACUUCACAGUGCAUUUGCUUGAGUCUUUGAGUUUUACGAUUAACACUGAAAAAAGCAUCUUAGAACCCUCACAGAGUUGCCGAUUUUUGGGAUUUAUUCUCGACAGCGCGCACAUGCGUCUACGACUCCCGCCGGACAAAACUAAUUACAUUUUAUAUUUAAUAUCCACUCUGGAGAAUAGGACAAGUUGCAGCAUUAAAAAGUUUGCAAAACUUAUUGGUGGUAAUUUCAAAGCCAGGAUAGGGUUAACUCCGGAAAUCAAACAAGAUUUACAUUGGUGGAAGCAUCAUCUAGUUUCAGACAUCGGCAAUGAAAUUGGGUCUGAUCACUUUACAAUGGAAAUAUUUUCUGACGCCUCGCUUUCUGGAUGGGGAAUUUACUGUCAGGGACAUACGGCUCGUGGGUUGUGGAACCCAGAGGAGCAAAGAGAACACAUUAAUUACCUCGAGCUGAAAGCAGUCCUUUACGGUCUUAAAUGUUUUGCAAAGCACCUCCUCCAUUCUAAAGUUUUACUUAGGAUUGACAAUACGACAGCAAUAUCGUAUAUUAAUCGCAUGGGUAGCGUUCAGUAUCCACAUCUUUCCACUUUGACACGACAAAUAUGGCAGUGGUGUGAAGCACGGGAUAUUUGGCUUGUCGCUUCAUACAUUAAUUCCACAGCUAACAUAGAAGCUGACAGGGAAUCAAGGGCACAUUCCGAUGCUACAGAGUGGGAACUAUCAGACCGCUACUUCAAUCAAAUCUUGGAAAAAUUUCACGAGGCCAAGGGUAUACUAGUAGUUCCAGACUGGCCAAGUCAGCCCUGGUAUCCUCUCUUUAACAAACUCUUAACGACAACUCCGUUGAAAUUAGGGCCAGAUAUCAACUUAUUGUCCUCUCCUUUCAGAGCUACGCACCCACUAUCAGCAACCCUCGCUUUGAUGGCAGGAAGUUUGUCCGGGAAGCUUUCUUACGGAGGGGAAUCCCAGAGGCGGUAA